GGUAACGGCCCUGGCGGAGCGCCGAGAAGACGAUCAAACUUGACUAUCUAGACGAAGUAAAAGUCGUAACAAGGUUUCCGUAGGUGAACCUGCGGAAGGAUCAGGUUCGACGGACGACGGACGGACGACGUCAGGUCGACGGACCUGACAGCGAGGUGCGUCAGCGGAGGCGGUAGGAUGACGGAUGCGGCGAGGAAGGUGCCCCACGCAGCUCUGGCUUUGCUCUCCUCCUUCUCGGAACCCCUUUUUUUGGGGUGUUUUUGAACGAUGACAAACCGGAAUGAAAACAAGCCAAAAUGAAAUAGGAGUAACGAGGCUAUUUUUAAAAUGUAAGGAGUAGAAAGUACAGAUAUUUGCGUGAAAAUGUAAGGAGUAGAAGUAAAAAGUCGUCUGAAAAAUAAAUACUCCAGUAAAGUAUAGAUACCCAAAAUGUCUACUUAAGUAAGGUAACGGAGUAUUUGUACUUCGUUACUUGACACCUCUGAACUUGUUGAUCAACAUCAGCUUUAAAAAAGGAAGUGUUCAAUCUGAUUGAGGAAGCAAAUGGAGGCUCUUAAUUUUGUCACAACUCCAAAAACUGCAGUAUGCAAAUUGAGCCAUUUGCAAGACCAUACAGUGCAGCAGGGUAGAUGUAAACAAACUGCAUGGUGCCCUCAGACUGUGCUAUACCUUCUGAGCAGAUCACCUGCUUCUGAUGUAAGCGAGGGCAAUAUCUAACUGUCUGUGUUAUAAGUACUUUAAUUUGCCAGCGCCUUGAUGAUGUCACAGACGGCAGAAAUACAGGCACAUGCGGGUGCUCAGAACUUCCUCUUCCUGUCAUACACAAGAAACUGAGAGACAGUCGAGAACAUCUCAAACCGGACACCACCCUCCUGAUGCCACAUCACAGUCAAACUGCACCACUUUUUCACAUGCAGACUCUGACAGCUUUUUCUUCAGGGUGCAAAGUGCGCCAUCAAGAUUUGCAGCUGACCCCCUUUUGCAUCCGUGCAUGCAGCUGGAGGAGCACAGUGUUGUCGUCAGUGUGAUGUUCGCAGAGGAGCGUGAAGCAUGUGGUCACUGGUGGUCGCUGACCUGGUAGGACUGACCUCUCCUCUCUAUCCAUGAUCACUCAGAGACAAUAAUACAAGAAUCUGUGUGAGUGAGAGAAUGUCUCUGAAAACGUCCGGGUCGUUGGAGGAGUCCCUGGUAAACUCUUCUUCAUCAUGCAACCACAACACGACCCUCUGGGAAGAGCGCAUGGAGACGAUGUACACCUAUUUCUACCUGCUGCUCUUCAUCCCAGGCCUGCUGCUCAACACCACUGCUCUCUGGGUCCUCUGCAGACAUAUCAGUAAGAAGACCAAGGCAGUGAUAUUCAUGAUCAACCUGGCAUUAGCUGACCUGGCCCACAUCCUCUCUCUGCCCCUCAGGAUCUAUUAUUACUUCACACACAGCUGGCCUUUUGGACGAGGCCUCUGCUUGUUCUGCUUCUACCUCAAGUACCUCAACAUGUACGCUGCCAUUGUGUUUCUGGUGUGUAUCAGCGUGCAGCGCUGCGUCUUCCUGCUCAACCCGUUCGCUGCUCGUCAGUGGAGACGGCGCUACGACCUGUUGAUCAGCGUUAUAGUGUGGGUUGUGGUCAGCUUGGCCUGCUCGCCUUUCAUUCUGAUGCGGAGCAGCAGUAGUGUCACCAGUGCCGGCGUCAGUACACAGACAAUCUAUAACAUGUCUGAUAUUUUGGAUGCCACUUCUACCCAACAUCCCUUAGGUUACACCAAACUGGAACCAUAUUGGAUUGUAAGCCCCACUGGACUAGUGCCAGUCUCUCAUCCCAGUUCUGUCAAAGUGGGUUGUUUUAAAGACUUGCCCAUGCGGCGUCUGCCUCCUUCUCUGGCUGUAACCAUGAUGGCUCUAGCUGAGCUGUUUGGUUUCCUCAUUCCUUUGACCUGCAUCACUUACAGCUCCAUCCGCAUUGUCCAGUCCCUCAACCAAAGACAGACCCGGGAUGAGCAAAGCUCAACCACUCCGAACUCCUCAGCACGCAGCCGACUUCAGUCAGUCACCUCCAACGGUCAGACGGAUAAAGUCCACGACAGGCUGACCAACGGUGAGAAGCAACGCGCCCUGCGGAUGGUGCUGGGCUGCUCUGCCCUUUUUCUGUUUUGCUUCGCCCCCUACCACAUUAACUUCCUGCUCUACCUGAUGGUGUCACAGGACCUGGUGACCCACUGCCGCACCAGACAGGCUGUGGGUCAGUUCCACCCGGUGUCUCUGUGCAUAGCGAGCCUGAGCUGCUGCCUCAACCCCCUGCUCUAUUAUUUUCUGACAGCCGAGUUCAGGCACCACCUCACCCGACGCACCUCCUCCUUCUCCUCCUCGUUCCUCUCCUCACCGAUUAACUCCCCAAGACAGCGCGCAGCACCUCACAGGGUGUUGAGCAUGGAGAGUUACUACUCAGACAGGGAGUAGAAUAAAUAGAAAGGAAAUAGCUUAACAUGACAAACACAAACAUAUCCAUGUUGCAUUGUGUUAAACUUGAUAUCACAAGAUGAUUUCACGCUAAAGAGCAUUGACCUCCAUGUCCUUUGGAUCAAUACUUUGAACUGAAAUGGUUUAUAUCUAUGCUUCAUGAGAGUGAAUCUAAUGUCUGCUGCCCCAGGUAGGAACUGGUGCUUGUUUUUUUUUAUCAUAUAUCCUGCCCUCAAACCCCAGUCUCAACUAAAAACAACUUUAGAUAAGCUAGAUUGCAACUGUCAAAGCUGUAUUUGAAUGCAUGUGACUGAUGCUAAAUAAAACGCUAUUUGUGCUUUCUUUCUUA